AUGGCAUCUGAGAAGGCCCAGAACCCCAUGAGGGAGCUUUACCUCCAGAAGCUCGUCCUCAACAUAUCCGUCGGCGAGUCUGGUGACAGACUCACCCGCGCCGCCAAGGUGCUGGAGCAGCUGUCGGGUCAAACCCCCGUUUACAGCAAGGCUCGUUAUACCGUCCGUACCUUCGGUAUCCGUCGUAACGAGAAGAUUGCUGUCCACGUCACUGUCCGCGGCCCCAAGGCUGAGGAGAUUCUCGAGCGUGGCCUCAAGGUCAAGGAGUAUGAGCUGCGCAAGCGCAACUUCUCCGAGACUGGCAACUUCGGCUUCGGUAUCAGCGAACACAUCGAUCUCGGCAUCAAGUACGACCCCGGCAUUGGUAUCUACGGCAUGGACUUCUAUUGCUGCAUGACCCGCAAGGGCGAGCGUGUCUCUACCCGCCGCCGCGCCAAGGCCAGCAUUGGUUCCAGCCACAAGAUCAAGCGGGCUGAGACCAUGAAGUGGUUCAAGCAGCGCUUCGAUGGCAUCAUCCGGUAA